AAAAAAAAAAUGACUUCCCAAGAUGCAUCAAAUCGACUUCAAUUUCUUUGGAAUGCGUCACAUACAUUUUUAUCAACCGUGCCUAGUCUUUCUGCUUUUUAUAUGCAGCAAUUUAAUCAAUUUUCUGCUGAAAAAGAAUUGAGUCUUGCCGAAGCUGUUAAACGAAAAUAUUGUAGUUAUUGUGGUAGCAUUUUUCUCCCAGGUAUAAAUAGUCAAGUUAGAAUUGAGAAAAACAAAAAAAGAAAAGGAAAUAAAAAAAAGAAUUCAGAUCUCGAUUUAGUUGGACAACCGAAAGAAUCGAAUGUAAUUAAGCAAGAGAAAAACUCCCAAGAAAAAAAAGAAAAGAGACAAAUAAUUUAUAUUUAUCCAUCGAAUCAUAACAAUAAUCCAAAAAAACAAACGCAUAUUAAACGUCAACAUAAGAAUCAUGUAUCUUAUGUUUGUAACACUUGUAAUCGUGAAACAAGAUUCGCCGGAAAUACCAUGAAAGAUACAAUUAAACAGAAUUCAGAUGUUAAACAACAAAAAGAAUAUACUUCUAGCUUCACCACGUCUGUUUCCCAAGAUUUCACCUUACAUAAAAUGGCGUCAUUGAACUCAUCUUUAUCAACUCAAGAUAAGUCUUCAAAUUGUAAAAAGACAAAGAAGAAACAAAAGAAAAUGCAACUUCAGCAGUUACUGGCCGAGGAAAAAAGAAAAAGCUCUGAUAAAAGAAAUGAUUUUAAUAAUUCUUCAGAUGGAUUAAGCUUGAAAAAUUUCUUGUCAUCAUUAUGAUAUAGUAUUGAUUUUUCAACCGUUCAUUUGAAUCAUUUUAGUAUAGCCGUAUAGGAAUGUUAAAAUAUUCAGAGUUUAAUUUUAUUGCUCAAGUUGGUUUGUAUCUGACUUGACUUUUAACUGUUUUUAACUUCAAAAGGUUUCAUUGUAAUAAGAACAAAAAAA